AUGAGUGAUAGUGGAUAUACAUUGAUCUAUGAGCCUAAUACGGCUAGUAAAACUUCAGUCAGUGAAUUUAAAAACUUAUUAGAAAAAGGUAAAGAUGAUGUUAAAGUAGAUACAAUGAAGAAAAUUUUAAUUACUAUGUUAAAUGGUGAUCCAUUACCUGAUUUAUUAAUGCAUAUAAUUAGAUUUGUAAUGCCUUCAAAGAAUAAAGAAUUGAAAAAAUUAUUAUAUCAUUAUUGGGAAGUAUGUCCUAAAUUGGAUUCAAAUGGUAAAAUGAGACAAGAAAUGAUUUUAGUAUGUAAUGCUAUACAACGAGAUUUACAACAUCCAAAUGAAUAUAUAAGAGGUAAUACAUUAAGAUAUUUAACAAAGUUGAAAGAAGCUGAAUUAUUAGAAACCUUAGUUCCUAAUGUUAGACAAUGUUUGGAACAUAGACAUGCAUACGUUCGUAAAAAUGCAGUAUUUGCAUUAUAUUCAAUUUAUAAAGUAAGUGAUCAUUUAUGUCCUGAUUGUGAUGAAUUAAUUUAUAAAUUUUUAAUUGAUGAACUGGAUUCAGUAUGUAAAAGAAAUGCAUUUGUUUGUCUUGGUGAUUUAAAUAGAGAUGCUGCAUUACAAUUUAUUCAAGAUAAUAUUUUAAUGAUUGAAUCAUUAGAUCCUUUAUUACAAUUGGCUUUUAUUGAAUUUAUUAAAAAAGAUUCAAUUAAAUUUACUCAAUUGAAAUCACAAUAUGCACAAUUAAUAACUGAAUUGAUUGAAAAUAGUUCAUCAAAUGUUGUUAUUUAUGAAGCUGCAAAUACAUUAACUGUUUUAACAUCCAAUCCAAAAUCAAUUUUAUUGGCAGGUAAUAAAUUUGUUGAAUUGGCUACAAAAGAAGCUGAUAAUAAUGUUAAAAUAAUUACAUUGGAAAGAAUUAAUGAUUUACAUAAACAAUAUCCUGGAAUUUUACAUGAUUUAUCAUUGGAAAUUUUAAGGGUUUUAUCAAGUCAAGAUUUAGAUGUAAAGAAAAAAGCUUUAGAUGUUACUUUACAAUUUAUGACUACUAGAAAUGUUGAAGAUGUUGUUAAAUUAUUGAAAAAAGAAUUACAAUCUACUGCAUUAUCUAAUGAUGAUAAAAAUUCAGAAUACAGACAAUUAUUAAUUAAUUCAAUUCAUCAAUUGGCUAUUAAAUUUAGUGAAGUUGCCGCGAAUGUCAUUGAUUUAUUAUUGGAUUCAAUUGGUGAUUUAAAUAGCUCUGCAGCUUAUGAAGUUGUUAUAUUUGUUAAAGAAGUUGUUGAAAAAUUUCCAGAUUUAAGACAACCUAUCCUUAAAAGAUUAAUUUCUGCGUUACCUUUUGUUAAAAGUGGUAAAGUUUUUAGAGGUGCUUUAUGGAUAAUUGGUGAAUAUAACUUAGAAGAACAAAUUAUACAAGAAUCAUGGAAAUAUAUUAGAUCAAGUAUUGGUGAAGUACCAAUUGUUUUAAGUGAAUUAAAAUCAAAAGAACCAAAAGAAGAAAAUGGAGAACAUGAAACUGAACAUAAAAAGAAGGGUCCAACUGUUUUACCUGAUGGUACUUAUGCUACAGAAACUGCAUUAACUACAGAAACAACAACCACAGAAAAAGAUGAUGAUAAACCACCAAUUAGAAAACAAAUCUUAGCUGGUGAUUUUUAUUUAGGUGCUGUUUUAUCAUCAACAUUAGUUAAAUUAAUUUUAAGAUUACAAAAAUUGGAAAUAACUCCUAAAAUUUUAAAUGCAUUAAAAGCUGAAGCUUUAUUAAUUAUGGUUUCAAUUUUAAGACUUGGUGAAUCAAAUUUAGUUUCAAAAAAAAUUGAUGAAGAUUCAGCAGAUAGAAUUUUAUCAUAUAUUAAAAUAUUAAAUGAUGAAGAAGAUAAAAUUGAAAUUGAAACUAGUUUUCUUGAAGAUACAAAAGAAGCAUUUAAAACACAAAUUAAUGCAGCAGAAAGUAAAAAACAAGAAGAAAUUACUAAUGAAUUACACAAAAAUGCAGAACAAAUUGAUGAUUCAAUUCAAUUUAGACAAUUGGAUAAUGAUAAUACUACAAGUAAAAAUAUAGAUGAUUUAAAUAUCACCUCAAAUGAAAAGAAGGAAGAUUUAAGUUCAAGAUUAAAUAAAAUUAUUCAAUUGACUGGUUUUUCAGAUCCAAUUUAUGCUGAAGCAUUUGUCAAGGUCCACCAAUAUGAUAUUGUUCUUGAUGUUUUAUUAGUUAAUCAAACAACAGAUACUUUACGUAAUUUAUCAGUUGAAUUUGCAACUUUGGGAGAUUUAAAACUUGUUGAUAAACCAACAACUGCCAAUGUUGGACCACAUGGAUUUUAUAAAGUUCAAACAACUAUAAAAGUUACAUCGGCAGAUACUGGUGUUAUAUUUGGUAAUAUAGUAUAUGAUGGACAUCACUCAGAUGAAUCAACAAUUGUUAUAUUAAAUGAUGUUCAUGUUGAUAUAAUGGAUUAUAUUAAACCAGCAACAUGUUCAGAAAAUCAAUUUAGAAAAAUGUGGAAUGAAUUUGAAUGGGAAAAUAAAAUUACAAUCAAAUCACCAAUUCAGUCAUUAAAAAUAUAUCUUGAAGAAUUGAUGAAAGGGACAAAUAUGAAUUGUUUAACUCCGGGUGCUAUCAUUGGUGAAGAAUGUCAAUUUUUAUCAGCAAAUUUAUAUUCAAGAUCUACAUUUGGAGAAGAUGCUUUAGCUAAUUUAUGUAUUGAAAAACAAACUGAUGGUCCAAUUAUAGGUCAUGUUAGAAUAAGAUCAAAGGGACAAGGAUUAGCCUUAAGUUUAGGUGAUAGAGUUGCAUCAAUAUCAAGAAAAGCUAAAAAACCAGCAUUAUUGAAAGUAUAG